UUUCUUUUUUGCUGGAUUCUCGUGCUUUUCUUGGUGUUUUCGUGCUUGUGAUUGUUUUUGAAUUGAAUAACAUUUGGUUUUCAGUCUUCAAAUUUGUUUCUUCUUUCUUUCAAAAUAAUUCAAUUUUUUCCAUCUGUUUGUGUAUGUAAACUACGAAAAACCAAACGAUAGAUUUUUCUCUUUUGUUUUUCUGUAAAAAAAGGAGAAAACAUUAUAUAAUAUGGCCAAUAAUUUAACAACAUUAGAAGAGAAUAAAGAAAUGGAUUCAACAAAAAUUUUAGCUGAAGCAUGUGCUGCUGCAGCUGCAGCAGCAGCAACAACCGCCGCAUCAUCAUCAACAAACGUAUCUGUCGAUGUACAAUCGACAAAUUCACCAACAAGUAGUGUAUCACAUCCACCAAUACCUGUACCAACAAAAACACGUUCAAUUAAAAUAAAUGAACAGAUUGGUGAUGUUCAAGUACAUAUUCAAGGUGAAUUGGAUGAUAAGAAAGCAAUUUUUCUUACUGUACAUGAUAUUGGAUUUAAUCACAGAUCAAUGAAAGAUUUUGUCGAUCUAGAUUGUGUAUCAGAAAUUCGUAUGCGUUCUGUGUUUAUUCAUGUUGAUGUACCGGGACAACAUGAUGAUGCUAAAGAUUUGGAACAUUUUCCUACUAUUCAACAAAUAGGCGAAGAAGUGCUUCUUAAAGUACUUGAUGAAUUAAAAAUACAAUUAUGUGUUGGUAUUGGUGAUGGUGCUGGUGCUAAUAUAUUAGCACGUUUUGGACUUGCUCAUCCCGAACGUUUACUUGGUUUAGUAUUAAUUAAUCUUGUUUCAUCUGGUGUUGGUUUUCUUGAAUCGAUAAAGGAAAAAUUUUUUUCAAAACGUCGUAGCUCACAACAAUUAUGUCCAGAAGAAAUUGUUACAAUGCAUAAGCUUGGAAAUACAGCCGGUGAUGGUCUUAAAUAUUUGGUCGAUAAUUAUAGUAGCCAUAUAAAAAAGAUUAAUUCAACUAAUCUACAUAAAUUUAUGUCUGCCUAUAUGAAUCGUAAAGAAAUUGUUGAUCUUGGUAAUUUGGAUAUAUUAUUGGUUACUGGUAAUAAAUCACCAUUUGCUGCUGGUGUUGAACAUAUUUAUUCUAAAUGCGAUAAACAAAAAACAUCAUUACUUAAAGUGGAUAAUUGUGUGGAUGUUCUUAGUCAAUGUCCAGAAAAAUUUGCCCAAAGUCUUCUGUUGUUUGUUAAAGGAUUGGGAUAUUUGACUUCAUUACAACUGCCCGGUAUUACACAUGGAGGCGAUACACCGCCCAGUAAAUCAAGCCUAGCUGCCAUUGGACGACGUCGCACACUUUCCAUGGAAGAAUAUGAUAUACCUCGUAUGAGACGUCUAUCAUUGACCAAAGAUGCACGAUAAAAAUCAAAUCAGAAUGAUGAUGAUGAUGAUGAUGAAAAACUAAUCAAGCAAAACGCCCAAGAUCCCAAUAAUAAUAAUCCAAAUACUUUGUUUCACAAACACACACACACAUUGUUUCAAUCAUUCAUUCAUUCUUUCUCUUUCUCUCUUCUUCUUCUUCUUUUUUGUUUCUCAAUAUUAAC